AUGCUACGGGACCAGCAGUAUGAGCAGGGGCUACAGCAGCCUGGAGAAAGAAAAGCGCAAGGAGCCGCGGCCGCCGCCGCCGCCACCACCGCCAGCGCUGCCGUGCCUGAGCCAAGGGGACCCGGGCCACCGCCCCGCUGCGCCUCCUCCUCGCUGCCGGCUCCCUGUCCUCGGAGAGCGCCCCAGGGCAAGCCCCGCGCCGGCCAGCAGGGAAGAAGCAUCCUCCGGAGUCGGGAGGGAGAAGGUCACGUGGAGUGUGGUGACCGGGAGCAGCUCCAGGAGGGUGUGCAGCCAGAAGAGUUCAUGGCCAUUGCAGACUAUUGCACUGACCAGACGCAGCUCAGCUUUUUGAGAGGAGAAAAAAUACUCAUCCGGAGGCAGACAACUGCUGAUUGGUGGUGGGGCGAGCACACGGGCUGCUGUGGGUAUGUACUUGCAAACCACCUCAGGAAGCACUUGGAGGAUUGUGACCCUGAGGACACGUGGCAGGACGAGGAGUACUUUGGCAGCUAUGGAACGCUGAAACUUCACUUGGAAAUGUUGGCAGACCAGCCGCGGACAACUAAAUACCACAUUAUCAUGCAAAAUAAAGAAUCCCUGAACAAUAAAGUGAUUCUGGAUGUCGGCUGCAGAAUGGGGAUCAUCAGCCUCUUUUGUGCCCACUAUGUGCAGCCUAAAGCGAUGUAUGCAGUGGAAGCCAGUGAGAUGGCCCAGCACACAGGGCAGCUGGCCAUGCAGAAUGGCUUUGCUGACAUCAUCACUGUGUUCAAGCAGAAGGUGGCGGAUGUGGUGCUGCCAGAGAUGGUGGACGUGCUGCUGUCCAAGUGGAUGGGGACCUGCAUGCUAUUUGAGUUCAUGAUCCAGUCGAUCCUGUAUGCCUGGGACGCGUGGCUGAAGGAGGGCAGGGUCAUCUGGCCGACCACAGCCGCACUGCACCUGGUGCCCUGCAGCUCCGACCGGGACUACCACAGCAAGGUGCUCUUCUGGGACAAUGCCUACGAGUUCAACCUCAGUGCCCUCAAAUCUUUAGCAAUUAAGGAGUUUUUUUCGAAGCCCAAGUAUAACCACAUUUUGAAAUCAGAAGACUGUCUCUCGGAGCCGUGCACCAUAUUACAGCUGGACAUGAGGACUGUGCAGAUCACCGACCGGGAGACGCUGAAAGGCGAGCUGCACUUCGAGGUCAGGAAAGCCUGCAUGCUGCACGGGUUCAUGGCCUGGUUCAGCAUGCGGUUCCAGAGUCUGGAGGAGGACAAGCCCCACCUGGUGUUGCGCAUAGGCCCCUUCCACCUGUGA